AUGGAUCUCGUCGCCAAUGCCAAGUAUCGGCUCCUCGAGGCCAAAGCCAAGGCUAGGCUCAUGGACGAUGAUGCCAAGUAUAGAUUCUUGGAGGCUGAAGCCAAGGUCAUGGCCGAGGAGAACCAGAUCAUGCUCAUCGACUUGGACACCAUCUCCGACGCCGAACAAAGGGCUUGGAUCGAGAAGAAGUCUGGGAUCCUCAAUUCCAAGGGGGGAGACACCAUGAGAUAUCUAUGCUUCGUGACUUCCCUAGCCAUAUUGUUCAUCAGCAACGUGCGACUUGGUGUGACCGCGCGCCUCCUGGCUGAAAUUCCGAAUGGUGCUCAGCCGAUUCCGAAUAUCCAGCCAGGUGCGCCAGCCCCGCUUCCUCUUCCCGUUCUGCCAGGAAACACUCCGGCCAACCUCCCUGUGGACAUCCCGGACAACCUUCCCGGGAACCUCCCUGCUAACCUGCCGGGGAACCUGCCGGCGAACCUCCCUGCUAAUGUUCCACCAGGGAUGCUUGCAAACGUGCCACCUGCGAUGCUAGCCACUGUGCCACCAGAGAUGCUAGCCAAGCUCUCUGGCAAUGUUACGCCGGAGAUGUUGUCCAAGAUCCCGCCGGACGUUCUGGCCAAGAUCCCGCCGGGCCAGCUGCCGCCGGACGUGACGCCAGAGAUGAUUGCAACGCUCGCCUCGAUGAAGCAGCAGCAGCAGCAGCAAGGGCAACCUGCUGCUGGUGCCGCCCAGAACAACGCGGCGGCGGCCGGCACAGCGGGGUUGCCCAUCCCCAAGAUGCCGGACUUCGCGGGGCUGGCCAACAUCUCAUUCCCACCGAUGCCUUCGGCGUCGCUACCGCAGAUGCCGGAAAACGUCACGCUUUUCGGGUUCGACGUGAAGAUCCCUAAGUUCAUCAACAAGAUGGUCAACGAGCACACCGAAUCCUGA